AUGUCGAUCGAGCUCGAAAAGAUUCUAGCUGCGGCCCCUGCAACAACGCGGGGCCAGCCCACCCAGCUCUCUUGCGACGCCAAAGGAGAGCGCAUAGCUUACGCGUCCGGCAAGUCCAUCUUCCUCCGCAACAUCGACGAACCCUCCCUCUGCAAACAAUACAUCGGCCACACCACGACCACCACCGUCGCCAAGUUCUCCCCCUCGGGCUUCUAUGUUGCCUCAGGCGACGUCUCGGGCAAGGUGCGCGUGUGGGAUGCCGUCGAGGCGGUCAACACCAAGGGCGACCAGCGCAUCAUUGCCGUCGGCGACGGCCGCGAGCGCUUCGGCCACUGCUUGACGGCCGACAGCGGGAACAGCGUGGGCGAGGUCAGCGGGCACAGCAAGGUCAUCAACGCCGUCGCCAUCCGCCAGCAGCGCCCCCUGAGGGCCGCGACCGUGUCGGACGACAGCUCCAUGUGCUUCCUGCACGGCGCGCCGUUCAAGUUCGCCAACAAGGCCGCGGGGCUGCACAAGGGGUUCGUGCUGGGCACCGCGUUUAGUCCGGAUGGGAAUACCCUGGUCACGGUGGGUGCGGAUAGGAGGAUCCAGCUGUACGAUGGCAAGACGGGCGAGCCGACGAAGGAGGUGGGCGAAGGCGUGCACACGGGUAGCAUCUUUGCCGUGAGCUGGGCGAAGGACUCGACGCGGUUUGUCACAGCGAGCGCGGACCAGACGGUGCGGGUGUGGGAUGCCGGGUCGGGUGAGUGCACGCGGACAUGGCGGAUUGGGGAGGAAGGGAGUGUCAGCGUCGACAACCAGCAAGUGGGCGUGGUGUGGCCGCACGGGAGGAGCGACGGGCUGAUCAUCAGCCUGAGUCUAAACGGUGACCUCAACUACCUCACAGAGGGCAGUGACAAGUCCAUCAAGGUGGUUCAGGGGCACAACAAGAGCGCCACCGCACUUGGUGUGGCGUCGGAAGGGAACGGCAACAUCAUCACAACCGGCAGCUUCGACGGCAAGGUAUGCAGCUGGGAUGUCUCGACAGGCGUCGGCACCGUGGUAGAAGGACAGGCCCACUCCAACCAAGUGACACAAUUCGCGGCCGGCGCAGGUCAAAGCUACAGCGUCGGCUGGGACGACACGCUGCGCACCAUCCAGGAAUCCACCAGCAACUUCCUCGGCUCACCGAUCAAGCUCCCCUCCCAGCCCAAGGGCAUCGCCGCCUCGGCCGGCCGCACCAUCGUCGCGCUGAACGACAGCAUCGCCGUCUACGCCAACGGCCAGCUCCUCGCCCAGACUCCCACCGACUACACGCCCGGCGCGGUCGCCGCGCACGGCUCGUGGGUCGCCGUCGGCGCCGCCAACAACGCCGUGCAGGUGUACAGCCUGGACAGCAGCUCCGGCAAGCUCACGCCCUCCCACAAGCUGACCAACUCGACGGCGGCCAUCUCGGCGCUGGCCUUCUCCCCGGACGGCGCGCACCUCGCAGCGGGCAACGCGUCCGGCAAGAUCGUCGCCUACAAAACAACAGGGGGGGGCAGCGAGUGGGCGGUGGCGACGGACCGGUGGUCGGCGCACACGGCGCGGGUGCUGAGCGUGGCGUGGAACGCGGCCGGCACGCACGCGGCCAGCGGCGGGCUCGACACCAACGUGCACGUGUGGAGCCUGGCCAAGCCCGGCAGCCGGGUCAAGGCGGCCAACGCGCACAAGGACGGCGUGAGCGGCGUCGCGUGGGUCGGGAGGGACGGUAGUCGGGUGGCGAGUACCGGUGGCGAUGCGGCGGUUAAGGUUUGGGCGGUCAAGGGCCUGCAAUGA